AUGUCUCAAGAUCAUAGAAAACUUGACUCUAAUCUAAUAUGUAACAGUAUCAAGUCUCUAAUCAACAGUGAUGCCUCACUGAAAGUGAAACACAUCAUCGCUCAUAUUCGGGAGACAUUCAACUACACAAUCUCUUACAAAAAGGCAUGGAUUUCAAAGAAUAAGGCUAUCGCUGCUAUUUAUGGAAACUGGGAGACUUCAUACAACAACCUGCCGCAAUGGUUGUUGGUCAUGAAAACAUUUCUACCAGGUACUAUAAUAGAACUCGAGACCCUUCCUAUAUUUUCAAAUGAAGGGACUCAAAUCAGUGGUGCUAGAGUUUUUCACCGCCUUUUUUGGGCUUUCCAACCAUGCAUCAAGGGUUUUGCAUUCUGCAAACCGGUGGUUCAAGUAGAUGGCACAUGGUUAUAUGGAAAGUACAGGGGAACUUUGUUAAUGGCUGUGGCACAAGACGGAAAUAGGAACAUAUUUCCAAUAGCUUUUGCAUUGGUAGAGGGUGAAACCGAAGAAGCGUGGAGUUUUUUCUUGAGAAAUCUUAGAAUGCAUGUGACACCACAACCCAACCUAUGUUUGAUAUCAGAUCGACAUCAGUCAAUAAAGAGUGCCUAUAAUAACCCGGAUAAUGGCUGGCAACACCCUCCCUCCUCACACGUCUAUUGCAUCAGACACAUAGCUCAAAAUUUCAUGAGGGAAUUCCGAGACAAGGAACUUCAGAAAAAAAUUAUUAACAUGGGGUAUGCAUUAAAUGAGGCAACAUAUGAAUACUACAGGGGAGAGAUACGUAAGGUUAACAUAGAAGCGUUGCAAUGGAUAGACAAUAUUCCAAGAGAAAAAUGGACAAGAUCAUUUGAUGGAGGGAAACAUUGGGGUCAUAUGACUACCAACCUCGCAGAAUCGAUGAACUCAGUUUUAAAAUCCACACGCAACCUACCUAUUACCGCUUUGGUAAAAUCAACAUAUUAUCGAAUGGGCACACUGUUUAGGAAAAGAGGACAUGAUUGGACUAAAAUGUUGGGUUCUGGAAAACUGUUCACUGAAAACUGCAUGAAGGGAAUUAAGGAGGAAGUAAUCAAAUCAAAUAGCCACACAGUCAUGCAAUUUGAUCGUGAGAGAUUCUGCUACCUGGUCCAUGAGACUGUUCAUCAUAGUGACGGCAGACCGACUACCCAUUACAACGUCGACCUUCAGAAUCUUACGUGUGAGUGUGGAAGAUUCCAAACGUUUCAUGUCCCUUGCUCACAUGUUAUUGCAGCGUGUUCAAGCCUAAGACAAGACUAUUCUGUGCAUAUAGCUGACGUGUUCAAAGUUGUAAACGUAUUUAAGGUCUACGAGGAAAGUUUCAUCGGGAUCCCGACCGAAACAAGUUGGCCAUAA